AUGGCCUUCUCCAGACCUUUAUGCUACGAGCUGCUGGCGGCGGUGGGCAAAGGCUCCUUCGGCACCGUGUACAAGGCCCGAGAGGUGGGGGACGAGCCGCGCUUUUUGGCGGUGAAGAAGUUCAAAAUCUACGGGGACAGCUCAGACAGCGGGAUCCCGGCCUCCAUCAUCCGGGAGGUGGGGCUGCUGCGGAGGAUGCAGUUCUUCAACCAUCCCAACAUAGUCAAGCUGUUGGAUGCAUCUGUUGCCCUAGAGGACAGGACCCUUGACCUGACUCUGGUGUUAGAGUACAUCGACCAGGACCUUUGCACCUACCUCUCCAAGGUUCCUCCCUCUGGACUGAGCCUCGAGCGUAUCAAGGAUCUGAUGUUGCAGCUGCUGCAAGGUUUGGACUUCCUACACACAAACAUGGUGCUGCACCGUGACCUAAAACCAGCAAACAUCCUGGUCAGCAGCCGCGGAGAAGUAAAGAUUGCUGACUUUGGACUGGCGCGCAUCUACACCUAUAAUAUUGCGCUCACUCCGGGUGUGGUGACGCUGUGGUACAGAGCUCCUGAGGUGCUGCUGAACUCAGUCUACAUGUCCUCAGUGGACAUGUGGAGCGCUGGCUGCAUCUUCGCCGAGCUCUUCCUCCUGAAACCCAUGUUUCAGGCGUACACAGAGGUGCAGCAGUUGUGGAAAAUCUUUGAAGUUAUCGGUUUGCCCGCUGAGGAGGACUGGCCCAGGGACAGUCCCAUCCCGUACUCAAGUACCUGGGGACCAAAUAUUUCCUGCACCGCGAUGCUGAACAACGUGGGCAAAGAAGCGAACGAACUUCUCACUAAAUGUUUGGCGUUCAAACCAAGCAGCCGCAUCUCCGCUGCCGAAGCUCUGGCCCAUCCCUUCUUCACGAAGGACUCGGUCGAGUCAGGAGCGGAAUGAUCCACUUCGGAGUAUUCAUGCCAACACUCACAGUUCAAGUUGUGAGUGGGAUGCUUCAUGUUUGAGUUACGUUUAUUGCAAAUACUUUUGUAUUUUGAAAGUGUACUCACACAAAGACAUACUGCUACGUUGUUCUUGUUGAAUGUUACCACAAAAAAUAAGGAUUCUCUUGCUGCUGACAGCACUAUUAUGAGCACUUUCACGAUGGCCACUUUGUUUGUUUUGUUUCAUCAAAACUUAUUUUUCUCCAGAUUUAGAAUCGUGUACUAGAUUUAUUUU